GGUAUAAACAUCAAGUAUGGAGCGGUCCGGUCGGCGGUCAAAGGCGGGUUCGCUGAGCGGACUGUCAGGCGGGUUUCCGAAUGGAGUCGCUAAUUCGGGUAGUGUACGCCGUCAGCGCUCGCUCGAAUGGAGUGGAGAUAGAUACAGCAGCAGCGACGAUGACCGUCCCCAGAAGCAGAUUGAUGAUCGGGUGUUUGCUUCCCUUCUGGCUCAGGCUACCCAACAAUUCGACAGUGAGCAACGGCGGAUCUAUGGUUCUGAAGGUGGUGAUGAAAAGCCCCGCUUCAUCAACAGUCCACAACGACAGGCCUCGCCAUUUCCAAUCGAAAGCACUAACCGUCGUUUCUAUAGACGCAAUAGGAACUCCAAAGGCGAGGAAAUAUUCAACAAUGAGGGAGGCACGCUGUCACGGCGGGGCCGAAGGCAGGAUGACAGUGCGAGCCGCGGGGCGAGACCAUGCAACCUCAAUGGUCCAACAAAUGUUUGCCAAAGUGAGAGAGAGUGUGAAUCGCCACCGGAGCCAGCGCCACCUGAAGUUCCACCGCGGGGUCCAUCUCUUCAUGUGACCCUAAGGCACCGCCCGGCUCCUGACCAACCACCUGAUGCAGAUCGCCUGUUCCUGUCUGAAGAAUUCGUGCUUUCUGAAGGCGGUCAUGCUGGUAAUUACCCGGCAAGGUCACCCUUGUCUACCUCAACUACGGGUCACUCCAGCUCCAGUCAUCACAGGUAA